AUGAGGAUGCUGAGGCGGAUGUGUGGGGUAACAAGGAACGACAGGAAUAGAAAUGAAUUUGUUAGAGGAGCUGUGAAAGUGGGACCCACGGGGAAAGAGAUACAAGAGAGCAGACUAAGGUGGUACGGACACUUACAGAGAAAAGGAGAAGAGUGUAUCGGAAACAGAGUUGAAGAUAUAGAAGGAGCGGGAAGGAGAGGAAGACCGAAGAUGAGGUGGAAGGAUAAGAUAUCCAGCGACCUAAUGGAGAAAGGAUGGAAGAAGGAAGAGGCAAUGGACGAGUACUAUGGAGGAGAAGGAUCCAGAAGAGCAAAGCCGACCCUACGUGACGUGGGACAAGGCGAUGAUGAAGAAGAAGAAGAUUAA